GGUACCGGUAGGUAGAUACUCGAUACCUACUGUAGCAUUUUCUUAUCGAUUAGCGCGUCAAGUUGCUGGGAUCCUCGAAAUUUCCUGCCAUCUUAGCCACUUGCUUGAUAUCUUCGCAUUGCGACUUUGCACUUUUCAACCCGCCACAACCCAAAUUGAGACGUCGCCAUGGGUCGGAUAAAGAAGAAGGGCGAGGCCGGUAAUGCCAAAAACUACAUCACUCGCACGCAAGCAGUCAAAAAGCUGCAGAUCAGUCUUCCAGACUUUAGAAAGCUAUGUAUAUGGAAAGGCAUAUUCCCCCGAGAACCAAGGAAUAGGAAAAAGGCCUCCAAAAGCUCGACUGCCUCGACGACUUUUUACUACGCGAAGGACAUCCAAUUUCUUCUACACGAGCCUCUACUGCAGAAAUUCCGCGAACAGAAGGCCCUCGAGAAGAAGAUCUCAAAAGCCCUAGGACGUGGUGAUGUCAGUGAUGCCAGCCGGCUCGAACGCAAUGCUGCCAGACCCGAAAAAACCGGUAAACCGCGUUACACACUCGAUCAUGUCAUCCGCGACCGUUACCCGACCUUCGUCGAUGCUCUGCGUGAUCUAGAUGACUGUCUAUCCAUGCUCUUCCUGUUUGCGAACUUGCCUUCCACUUCAACAGUUCCUGCAAAGAUGAUCGCCCGCUGCGAGCGCCUGUGUCUUGAAUUCGAACAUUACCUCAUCGUCUCACAAAGCCUCCGCAAGUCCUUCUUGUCGAUCAAAGGUAUCUACUAUCAGGCAAAUAUUCAAGGCGAGGACAUAUUAUGGCUUGUACCUUACAAAUUCAACCAACGUGUUGUUGGCGAUGUUGAUUUCAGGAUCAUGGGCACUUUUGUUGAGUUUUACAUGACUCUUCUCGGCUUUGUCAACUUCAGACUCUACACAUCGAUUGGACUAAAGUAUCCUCCGAAAUUUGAUCAGAACAAGGAUAACGAAGCUGCUGAACUUGGCGCUUUCAAACUUGAGGGCAACCAUGCCGCUACAGUUUCAAGCGAACCAGCGCAGCUCACAAAUGGCGACUCUGCAGCCCAACCCGAUCCCAAAACACAAGCUGAAGUAAACAAGCUUAUUCGACAAAUGAAGGACACUGUAGUUGAGGGUGAUCAGGCCGAUGCCGCACCAGAAGCAGACGAACCCACUGAUGCGAUAGAUAAGUUUGAGCCAGCCGCGCCCGGCGGUGAUGUUCUACCUCAGCCUACAUACUCCGGCGGCAGCCCAGCAACCUUAUUCGCGAACUGCACCUUUUAUUUAUCGCGCGAAACCCCCAGGCAACCACUGGAGUUUAUUCUACGAGCGUUCGGAUGCAAGCGUAUUGGUUGGGACUCCGUAUUAGGCGAGGGUGCAUAUACGACCAAUGAACUCGACCCGUCUAUCACUCAUCAAAUUGUUGACCGUCCAAUUAUCCAGGCGGCCACAGAGGACGAUGGAGAUGCUGAAGAUAACCAGACCUCUCAGAAACUUGCGCCAAACCAAAGGAUACCGGGUCGUGUCUAUAUACAACCACAAUGGGUUUGGGACAGUGUCAACGAUGAGGAGUUGAAGCGACCUGAUGAGUACGCACCUGGUGCUCAACUACCACCACAUCUAAGCCCGUUCGUGCAGAACACGCAAGGCGCUUACGAUCCGACGCUACCUCUGAAAGAUCAGGAAACCGAGGCAGAAGCCUUGGAAGGUAGUGACGUGGAAGAGGACGACGAGGAAGUAGACGAAGAUGAGGAAGAAGAUAGUCUUGCGGUGAAGAAACCCAAAGCUACUGCUGAUGGAAUGGACGUCGAUGUGUCAGACGAUGAAGAGGAUGAAGCUGAUGACGGCUCAUUCGGAGGCUUCUCCGACGGUGAGGAUGCAACUGAAGAUGAGGAGGAUGACGAAUCCGAAUCUGAGGAACUGCGGAAUCAGCAAGAGCUUGAAGCUGAACUUAGUGGCAAGCCUGUCAAACAGACCAAGGUUGAUUCUCGAUCGCAGAAGUUAGAGGCGAAGAAAAAGCUUGCACAGAAGGCCAAGGAGGAAGCAGAAGAGAUUGAAAGAGCUAAGGGCAUGUUGAGCAAGAAGAAACGGAAGCUGUUCGAGCAGAUGCAAUACACCAACAAUAAGAAGAGUGUCGAAGACCAGAAACUCCGUGCAAAGAGGAGAAAACUAGAGAAACAGAAGGCACGGGCAAAGGCGUAAGGAAUGUUAGAUUGGACUAUUUAUAAUACCACAUAAAUUGAGCAUUGAUGCCAUCAUCCAAAUCUAUUGUAAAGACGAAAUGAUGGUCUGCGAUACGUGAU